AUGUCACGCCACACCCACAUCCCUCAUACCUACGGCCCCGGCGACACCCACGCCCAUCCGUACCAUCACCCGCCGCCCGCCUUCCAGUAUCAUCCGCCGCAACACUACUACGUGCCACCGGAAGAUCCGGCACAGAAGAAGAGGAGGAAAUGCAUUUACAUGUUUUACGGACUGCGGCAGGCGGCCCUCAUCGUGCCGCUCGUGCUCAUCCUGCUCAACGUCAACAUCUACGUCUCGCGCCGCGGGCGGUACUUGAACGGCUCGACGAGUCCCGCUGAUCCCGUGUACUAUUCCAUGUGGUUGACGGCUCCUUUGUCGGGGGUCAUCUUCCUAUGGGCCAUCAUGGCACUGAUCCAGAUGUGCGGCAGCCGAUCGCCGGACAGGCCGAGCGUGCCCUAUUCGGUCCAAUUCGGCGUUGAGCUGCUGUUUGCGCUGGGUGCGCUUGUCUGCUUCAUCCUCAUGGUGGUCAACAUGGUAGACAAGCAGAACAGCGGCACGUAUGAAUACCCAUAUCUGCGCUACGAGAUUCCGCUGGCCGGUCUGCUCGGCUUCCUCAUGAUUAUUCAGGUCGGGCUCGUUGCGCGGGCGUAUUAUGAGAUCAGCAUCGACAGGACACAAAGAGACGGGCACAAUCCCGCGCACCACGGGGCCAUGACCCAGGUGUGA